AUGGAGCUAAACCAAGACGUCCUUGUUCAAGUCGCGCUCCCAACGGCCGCCUACUACAAGCCGCCGCCGGUACGCACACCGGAGCCGACCAAGUCAGCAGAGACAUGCUGCUGGCAAACCUCGCUCCUCAACCCCAAGAACAGAAUCGACAGCCUCGAGUUCCCUUGCAAUCCUCUAUGGCGUAUCGACGGCUGCAUUGCCUUUGGCACGCAAUUCCACGCCGUGCCACUCUUUCCCGACUCCACCACGUCGCCGCCGCCGCUCCGCGUCGAUGUCUUCAUACCCAAGCACACGGCCAUCUCGCCGGCCUUGCGCCGCGUUUUAGACCUAGGCGCCGCUUUCCACGCGCGCGAUGCCCGAACCAUGCAGCAGCUCGGCAUCACGCGGCACAUUGUCCGCUGCCUGCAGCACUGGACGACCGCUUCGUCGGCGGGCGAGGCGGCGCACCGGUACCGCCAGCACCAGCAGCAGCAGCAGCAGCAGCUUCCAUUUGGCUCGCGCAUCGUCUUGCACAACGUGCCCGUCGACGUGCGUGACGCGCGCAUCUCUGUCGCGCCCACGCACCAUCUAGAGCGCCAGAUGCUCUCGGUGCAGCAGCUGCAAGACAUGUGGAAGGACCAAGAUAUCCCGUGGUUCCCGCCGACGAUUGACAUUGGCGAGCUUACGUACAAGUCGCAGCCGCACGACAGCGUCUCCAUUGUCCAACAUCAACAACACAAUGGCAAAAAAGAAACAGUCGUUUUCAAAGCCAUCACAAGCCAUACAAAGUAUCUCUACCACGAGCUCCGCAACUUGCUCCGUAUGACGCCGCAUCCCAACAUCAUCGAGCGGCCCUUGGCACUCGUCACCAAAAAGUGCGGCUUCGGGUCCAAGACGGCCGUCGUUGGCUUCACCCUGACCUGCCACCGGCACGGGACCAUUCGCGAUCACCUCCCGUUCCUGAACCUACGCGGUAAAAUCACGCAUCGCGACGCGGCGAAGUGGGCGCUGCAGCUCGUACAAGCCGCGCGCCACUUCCGCGGGACGUGCGACACGUACAACUCGGACCUGCGCCUGGACAACAUGCUGCUCUCCGACUCGCUCGACCUCGUCAUGGUCGACUUUGAGCAGCGCGGCGUGUGGUCCGAGUUUGCCGCGCCCGAGAUUAACGCCAUCGAGUGCAUCCGCGCCCUCGCCACCCCCGAUGAGGAUUCCCUCCCCUUCCUCCCAGACAGCCACCGCGCGCGCUACGCCGCGCUCCUAACACAGAUGCUGCCGGGGUGGGAAUCCCUCGUCGACGGCGAAGAGUACGUCUGGCCGGCGGGCCGCCACGGCUACAACGUGGCCUGGCAGUGCCUCGACGACGACGACAACAGCGAGGGCCGCGAGCGCUGCGAGGUCUACAUGCUCGGCCGCGUGCUGUGGUGCCUCUUUGAGGCGCAGAGCGCGCCCCAGCGCGCCGCCAUCUGGGCCUCGUACCGCUGCGAGCCCACCGUCGAGUUCCCGGCCUACGUGCGCACGCCGCCCGAGAUGCGCCGCCUGAUUGACUGCUGCACGCGGGGCCACCAGCCCACGCUCAGCAGCGUCAUUGUGCGCUCCGGUGGCGAGCUCGUCCUGCGGGAAGAAGUUGAGGAGGGCAGCAGCAGCAGCAGCACGCAAACACGCUCGACGCCCGAGGCGGUUCGGCACAGGGCCAGGCUGUUUUGGACGCAGCGCGUCGCCGACUCGGAGCGCUGGGUGCGGAGAUAUAUUGAGUGCCGGAAAAGGAAGCGUGCAAGCGCCGCGUUUCCCAAUAGGCCUACGCUCGCGGCGGUGGAGGAGUUUAUAGAGGAUUACAUUAGCAAACUAUGA